AAACUAGGUGAGGCUGUGGCUCGCCGUAUGACACAAUUGAGCAGAUUGAAUUUGCCCCACCAUUAUUUCCCGCUUCCCAUUCCACCACCGGAAGGUUUUUAUCCUGAACAUUUAUAUUCGUCGUGGCGAUCGCAGAACCGCCUUGCCUAUUUAUUCAGUCGCAGGGACUCGUUCUAGUGGCGUCAAAGUUCUGCAUUAUUAAUUCAAAACAAGCAAUCAUGUCGACCAGACAGCUGCGGAAACUGCAGAAGCAGAGAGAGCUCGAAGCCCUCCAGGCUCAAACCCCCGAGGAAGAAUCGGAGCGCGAAAAUGAUGCGCCAGUCCCAAGAUCGAAGCCGAGUAUAUUCUCGGGGUUUGCGGCACUGGGAGGCCUGGGAGGCGAAGAUGACGAACAAGACGAAGACGAGGAAGAGGUAACGGGAGCUACCGAGGAACAAGCCGACGUUUCCCAACCUAUGGAAGCGACUCCGAAGUCGUCAUCCAAGAAGAGCAAGAAGAAAAAGAAAAAGGCCAAGAAGGCUGCGGAUACAUCGAUGAAAAAUGAUACGGGAGCCUUCGGACCGAACAAGGACGCAGACGAGAUCGACCGGGCGCUUCGUGAGCUGAACAUCGCCGCAAAAUCCUCCAACAAUGCGGCCCGCGAGAUUGCCAACCAAGGCACAAAAGCUUACGAGCGAAUAUGCGAAUUAUUGCGAAUCAAUAGUUACCACCUGAAGGUUCUGAACGAGAUGCGGAACCUCUUCGGCCGCGACGCCAUCGCAGCUGCCGAGUCCGAGGAAACCGAAGACGCAGAGGCUCGCAACAGACGGCGAGGCCGAGGUGCACAGCAACUUAGGCAGAAUGUGGAUCUUGAGACGUUUCUCAAAGGACAACCUGGCAAGACCCUGUCCGAGGUCACUCUACGACGAAACCCGUUCUUGCCAGGCAAGGAGACUUGGCCUCGUGCCUCGACCGAAGGUCUCACCAUGAAGCUGGUCAAGGAGGGUACCGUCGAACCUAAAUGUGGGACGGUCGAGUUUGGAUUCGCUCAUGAUGAGGGCUAUAACAACCUUGAACGGAACUUCUUUGGUCUCGUGCAAAUGUUGGAUCCUAUGCAGCUCGUCUACUUCUUACAGAGACAUCCGUACCAUAUCUCGACUCUGAUCCAGGUUAGCAAGGUCGCCAAACAGGACCAGAACUCGGCAUUGGCAGGAGACCUGUGCGAGCGUGCUUUGUUCACGUUCGGAAGAGUAUCUUUAUCUGCAUUUCGUCAGAAGAUUGAAGAGGGCAAGGCAAGACUCGAGUUCAGGCGUCCCGAAAACAGGCAGUUCUGGCUGGCCGGGUACCACUACCUCAAAAGCUUGAUCAUGAAAGGGACGUAUAGGACAGCUCUGGAAUGGUCGAAGCUGCUCUUCAGUAUGGAUCUGAGCGAUCCAUACGGUAUCAUCCACUUCAUCCACCCGCUUGCCAUUCGUGCACACGAGUCAAGGUGGUUUAUUGACUUCUGCGACUCGGAGGUCCUGGAUGAGUGUGACACAGCGCAGGACUACGUCAGGCAAACUCUUGUGCUUGCCCGCCUCCAACAGAAUGACACAGCAGGCGCUAAGGUACUGUUGAUCGAGGGGAUGGAACGCUUGCCCUGGCUUUACAGCUCUCUAUUCAAAGCACUCAACCUGGAUAUACCUCGUGCAAUUUGGGGGACAGUGCCGCGUGAUGCCCACGAGGAGUUGUUUACGGAGCUAUACAUCCACCAAACCAAACAACUGUGGGACAACGCGCAAGCUACCGGUAUCUUGAAAGAAGCAGCUGUAUCAGCCACCAAGCCUUCUCCUUCCUCCUUGCCAUCAACCCCUACGGCGGGGCGCAAUGUGGGCCGCUUCGUCUAUCUAGACAACACGCCUGCUGUCAUGAGUCUUGUGCCCGACGGCAUGCUCCAGACCUCGCCAAACUGGGACUUCGACCCAUUACCCCCUUCAGAGGAGAACAACGUGUUCAGCUACGACUCCCAGAAGUCACCAUGGAAUCCGGAGCGUGGAGUGCCCGGUAUGCCUCACAUGAAUCCCUUUGGUGGUCUUGGUGGUCUAGGCGGCCUAGGCGGUUUGGCCGGAGGUCAGGCUCUGCGGCGUUUGCUAGAAGAAGCCACGCGGCAGAACGCACCUGAAGAGGUAGUCCGGGCCUUAGAGGAAGCCAUUGACCAGGGUGGACAUGGCGGGCCAGACGAAGACGAUCAUGACGGGCCAGAGGCAGAUGCACAAAAUGACGGGGACGGGCACCCAGGACUUUGGGACGCAUUUAUGGAUAUGAUCUGGCCAGUAAGACCCGAUGGACCCGAUGCUGACCCUCGACAUGCCGAUUGGGAUGACGGCAGCCCGCAAUUUGAUGCGGACUGGGACGAUAAUCGAGAGUAUGAUCUGACGGCACCGGGCGGUUGGCCCAGCGAUUACGACCAUGACUAUGCUGAUACGGGUGACUCGGAUAACGAGCUAUUGGGUCUCACAGGACCGGAUGCAGAUGCCACACAUGCAGAUCCUGAGGAGUUAUGUGAGCUGCCACCGGAUGUAUUGGGAACCAGCAGGGCUCCCAAUGGAACUGGGCAUGACGAUUCGGAUGACGAGAUGCCUCCAUUGGAACCGGCGCCUAGAAAUGGGUCACAAGACCAGGGCUAACUAUAACUAAGUGAGGCUACAACAAAUAACCAGAGCUGCGGUUUGCAGUCUGGGCGUUUAGACCCCAUCGCUGUGCAUUGUUACACGCGUCUGCAAUGCAGGGACUAGGACAAUGUAAAUCAAGAGACCCCAAUGUGGCCACGCUCCCAAACAAAUGCCAAUUGUCGUUGUUUCCUAGAAUAUGAUUCGUGAGAACCCUGAAGCAUACACUAACUAGCCUACAUGAUACGGUCGGUCUUCGCGAAGCUUCACUCUCCUGACAUGAAACAAGCGCACAAUGUCUGGGCAUCAAACAAUUUGGAUGCCAGGUUGGAAGAUUGGAAGUGGAAUAAGGCUUCACCGAUUGUGCAAAUAACGACGAAGGUUUCACUUAUCACCUGCUUUGUCCCAAUGAAAACUUGCUCAUGUUUCACACCGCGGGGAUCUCCAUGAGUCCAGGGCGUCCUUUGCGUACCCAGCUGCCACUCAAG